AUGGCUGCAAGGAGGCUGUGCAUUGCAUUAGCUCUCCUCCUCCUGUUUGUCUCCAUGGAAAUCAAAACCAUUUUAGCCCCAGGCAGUGGCAAUUGCAACGGCAACCAGGGCAACAACAACGGCAAUGGCAAUGGUAAUGGUAAUGAGGGCAAUGGCAAUGAAAUAGCAACCGAGGCAAUAACAAUGGGAGAAAGCCUAUAUGCAAUGGCUUUGGUUCUCUAUGUUACGAUCCACCUUUUGUUGGAGGUGUCGUGUUCUACUUCCACGGAGCAAAAGGACAUGAUUUCGCCUUUGAAUAAGACGAAAACCUUCAUAUCAAUGCACGCUUCAUCGGUACUAGGCGGGCAGGGAGGACACGAGACUUCACAUGGGUUCAAGCCCUCUCAAUCAUGCUUGACGCUCACACUCUUGUCAUUGCAACCAAGAGAAUCCCACAUUGGGAUGACAAUAUAG